AUGGAUCACGACGCAACGGAUUCGGAACUGUACUCACCGCCAUCCGACUCGUCGGCUGCCUCAGAGCCGAAGCUCUUCGUAACGUCGCCGCCUACCGAUCCCGAAUACAAAAUGGAUCACCAGAAUCGCGGCGUUGCCAUCGUCCUGAAUCACACUACCUUCGAAGACCAUCUGAAUCUUCCGGCUCGUGAUGGAAGCGAAGACCAAAAGGCGAUUCACGAUGCCCUGGAGAGGCUGCGAUUCAAGGUUACCUCUCUCGAUAACCGCACCGAGGCCGAGCUGUUCGAAAAGCUGGAGGAGGUCGCAAAAAUGGACCACACGUACAACGAUUGCCUCGUGGUGGUGGUUUUGACUCACGGCGGGAACGGCAAACUGUACGCCAAGGACGGUGCCUACACAGCGGAGCGAUUGUGGAAAACGUUCGUUGGCAAGGCUUGUCCGACGCUCAUCGUAAAGCCGAAGCUGUUUUUCAUUCAAACCUGCCGCGGUUAUCCGAAGGAUUAUAAUGCAUCGGCCCCCCCGAAGGAUCCCGCGGCGGAUGCGGUCGAUUCGCAGGAUUCGUCCGCCACUCGCCAGUACACCAUUCCGACCAUGUCCAAUCUGUUGGUGGGAUAUUCUACGAACGACUCGAAGGACUCUUGGCGUUCGCCACACGCCGGUUCCCAGUACGUGCGCCUGCUGGCCACAAAUCUGGACGAAUACGGCCACAAAAUGGAUCUGCUGAAUCUGCUGGCCCUCGUCGCAAAUCAAGUCGACCGCGACCAACCAACCGGUGACCGGAAGAAACCGAAGCAAAUACCUUACACUGUGUCGACGCUUACAAAGGACCUCUUCUUUCCUAAAAAAUAG